AUGAACGGCAAUGGUUAUAGAUACAAAGCAACUGAAACUUCAACAAUGUUCAACCUCAUCUCGACUUAUAUAGCGGAUCAUGUCAUAAGCAUAGAACAAGAAAAAAACUCUCAAAAACGAGUUCUAUCUUAUCAAACAACAAAUACUUUCAAACCUUCAUCCAACUACAUUACGAGCCUCUUCAAGUUCUGUUUAAGUGUUCAAUUUUGUUGCUAUCUCAUUCGAGGGAGACUUAAUAGUUUUGUUAAAAAUUGA